AUGGGUUUCUUUCGCCCCUAUGAUAGCACCGGAGAACCGUGCUUCUUUGAGGUAUACGGCAGUAGCACACGGCUGGCGUUUAGCCGAUAUUUUGUCGUGGCUCAUGUCGACGGGUUCCUCUACGUGCUGGACAAAUACUUCUGCAUUUCUCGACUUGUGCCGCCCAGGGGUAAGCAAAGUUCUAGUAUUUUGACAUCGCAAGCACGACGCAGCGGCCUUCAUGCCGGCUCCGGUCCCCCGACCAGGGGUAGUGCUCAAUUGGAAGCAGUUCGGAGUGGGGACCACAGCGAUGGCCGUCUGUCUGCUCCAGAGCAGCAGCAACAAGGAUUUUGCGGCUACAAGGUGACAACUGAAGAAGACCAGCUUGAAGAAAGGCAGUUACUUGUGCCCGUCCGUAUUGCAGAUGUCAUCUCAGCACUGUUUCGAACUAACAAACCUGUCUUUUCUCAGCUAUUCACGGGAAACAAUCAAUACGACCAACGGCAGCUGCAGGGGCUGCGACAGAAGAGCCUCCUGCUGAGCAAUCGACACGACGGAUGUUUAUACCUUUUCAUACAUAAGUUCCUAUUGCGCGUUUCAUUAAGAGGUACCGUCACCGUGAUCGGGGACUUACUCGAGCUUGCAUUGGCAGCUGCUAAUCGACUCCGUGUAAGUGCUUCCCAGGGACCCACUUCUGGACGAACCGCCGCAUACGUUUCAUCGUCAAACCAUGUGCGGGAGGAUGACAGAAGUGAGCGUCAAGGGUAUCGUUCUCCUGGUCGCAGCAUAUCUAGUGUUCGGAAAUUUUUCCGUGAGAUAGGACAUGACAAGGAAGCUCCAUCCAGUGAUUCAGAUGCUAUUUUAACGGAACAUCCGGACAGCGGACCGAAGGUUGGAAGCGCGGCCGGAGAGGGACAAGAGCUCGUGUCACCUUGUUCAGACGAUGCAAAAGCACAAAUGUGGAAGUAUCUGAGAAGCAUGCGCAACUGGUUGAGCAACACAACUGAGAAAUACCGAGAUAGUUUGAGUACAGUUGGACGCCUGCAAGAGUUCGUCGCUUGUCGAGGAGAAAACUGGGAAGUCAACAACUGCUGCAUCGAUGGUGAAGGCCGUUGCUUCUACACAAUGGCUCGUAGCAAGUAUCCCUCUCCAGUUGAGGAAAGAGGGAUGGUUUUCUGUUUGGACACUAAAGGACCUAUUUCUCGUGCUAUGGUGGUGCGCUUUGGCCGUGGAAUUACCCAGAGUGCAGUUAUCAGCCUGUCUCUACAAGCCCACCCAAACUGCGGAUGCAUUCUUAUGGUCGCAAAGAGUGCCGCAGAAGUGCGCAACGGCCUCCAUAGCCCUGACAUUUCGGCAAGUCCUUCAUCAGCCACAGAUUGUUUCCCACCUCGAGGAAUAGCAGUUGGCACGGCUAUCUCUGGCAGACACACUGAAGGCGACUCACGGAUGAACAGGACGAGCCUUGGCUCUGCUGUUGGUGAAGCAGACACACUCCCGCCAAGGUCUACAGUCUCUGGCAGACACGGUUGCAGCGAAGUUCCUUCUGCCUCCGCGGAAUCCAUGACUAGGCGAAGAAGUGAGAAUGCUGUCCACCCCAGCAGCGACAAUUCGCAGGCAAGAACAUCCGCUUUACAACAGGAAUCUGGGGAUGAAGCUACCGGCGAUUCGACCCAAGAUGGAAGGUCGGGUCAAGGAACAUCCUGGCCAAGCACGAAUAAUUCCUUUAUGAACAGGCAACCGCCAAACCAGUCUGCAGCUCCACGUGAGAGCCGCGCAACUCCUGAAGAGCAGGAAACCAGUAAGAAGGGGCAAGAGGAAGCAGCAGACGAAAAACACAGCGCUUGGUGGUUUUGCCCGUGCGACGAAGAUCCGAGUUUCUUUUUCCCGGUUGCUGAAUGCUUCGGAGAUGACGCAAUCCAUAAUGCAGCUCAAUCCGUUUGUCGCCAAUUUAGGGGGAGCCCAAGCAGCAGUGUGUGUCGAGCAUACUUCGAAGAUGAUGGUGGAGUUGCUCUUCGGGAAGCAAAAGCAGCUGUGACAGCUGCGCGUACUGCAGAACUCAUGAUAAUGGCUACAAUACAGGCGGGGGAGAGGCGCAACGCCUGGUUUGAUGCGAAACAUUCACCUGCAUUUUCAGUGGAGAGCACAGAGGAGGCAUCACGCACAACGGAGCAGUCAAUGCGUAAUGCUGCUGCCAGAGUUCUUAAGGAAGCUGGUCUCGCUGCAUCCCGGGCGGAGCGUGCAGAAAGCAGUGGAUACAUUUUAUGGCAACCGGGUGUCAUGGUCCGGCGGCCGAAAACAGGUGAAGAAGCUAUAAGUUUCGGGUCUGCAAUACUCUUUCGUGCCCGCACCAAGUCCCGGAGUCAACCCACCGGUGGGUGGAUAAGUGGGUCGCCAAGGCCUAUGCAGCCCCCUUUUGCUUCCGAUUUGAUCACCGGAGAUCUGGUUGCCGUUAUCAGUCAAGAUGCUCGCCAUUUGGAGGUGCGUGACGCCUUUCCCUCACCUCUAGGCCUGAUUGUCGUUCCUGCCGAGGCAGCAAACCGCAUCAUUAGACAGCAGCCCGACGGCAUUUUGGGCCGUAUAACAAGUCGCAGCAACAUGUCGCUUACUUCAUUUCUGGCGUCAUUUAUAGCGGGGAGCUCGUCAGCGGCUGCUGAAAGAGAGACGCAAGCUGGUGUGACAACUCCACUCGGCGAAGGGAGCCCUGAAGAUGCUCAACAAUUUGCCGCUGAGGUCCAGCUAACGGAGUCUGCAUUGGCUGGCAGCAUGACGUCAGCUGGUGCAUACACAAAUGGAGCGCAGGACAGCACUUGUCGAAGGGCUGUACCAGCAGUGAACAUCGUUUUUCUUGUCGAUACGUUGCGCUUGUGUCGGCCUGCUGAAGCAAGACCGGUACAGGGAAGCUGGGGGCACAAUUGUCUACAAACAAUGAGCGAUCAACGCCUGCUCGGCCUGACGGAAACAGCUACUGGUGAAAUAUGCGAAAAACGCACAUGUGAAUCAUCUCAGAGACGGACGAAGAAUGAGAAGAAAAGGGAGCAGCGGGCAGCUGCGUUGGGGGAUAAGGCAAGAAGUGAUGCAGUAACCCAGUCGGCUUCAGGUUUCACGGGGGGCAAUACUUGCUUGUGCAGAGAAACAGACGGAUGUUUAGGAGACCCUCCAACGCCAGUUCUGCAUUCACACUUCGCUGAUGUGACGCUGCUAUGCGCCGAUGGCUUUGAGGUUUCAUCUCACAGAGCCUUGUUGGCGGCGCGUUGCUCAUUUUUCGAGGCCAAACUGACGCGACCGCACUGGGAAGCCCGAGGAGCUGACAAGGCGAGUCCGAAGUGUACUUGCGUUGUGAUCGACUUGCGUAGCUUCGCGGGCUCCGUCGUGCAGGCAACUGUGAGGUUUUUUGAAACGGGAUACUUCGUCAUCCCCGCCUCGUGCUGUUGCCCCCAUUGUUGUGUUGAGCAGCGGAGGAACCGUUGUGAGCAGUAUAAUGCUCCACAACAAAAGGGGCUUCCGCCUUACGAGUCGCAGUGCUGCUGCAAGGUCGACUGGGUCCUGCAGGCCUACACAUUUGCUACGUAUUGCAUUAUUCAAGACCUGAGGGCUGAGCUAUUGGCUGUCUUGGCUAGACUGACUUCGCAGCGCACGUGUCUGCAUGUGCUCACACACCCAGCUGUACGUAAUCAGCGGCAGAUAUUGCAGCUUGCAGCCCAUCAACUCGUCUAUCACAUGCCAAUGCCAGACUUACUCCUGGAGGUAUCAGCAUGCCGAAAGUGGGGUGGACCUCCAGCUGACAGUUCACCACGAGCAACGGAGAGAUCACCUGUAGGGGAAGGCAAGACGGAAGAACAGAAAGCAAGGAAUCCAUUGUUAACAGAGCUGUUAAGGGAAGGCAUUUACGACGCGGUGGUGAAGGCUCUUAGCGCUUGGGUUUUAGAUACCCAGGAAAACAUCGUGUUGCUGUCGAAGCUGCACUGCAUGGGGAACUGUGACAUGCCUUCUUCCCGUUUGCGUCAUCGACAGUUGUUAGUUUUGCUGGCCCUAAGGCUUCUGCAGGAGAGUGUCACAGCACCUCCGUCUGCGAUAAGCCACUGCAGGGGACAGCAAAGUACGCCUUACAACCUAUCCAGGAUAUCAAGGAUAUCUACUCCGGAAGAAAUCCACUCAAUUCCAGAGAGCGGCACGACACCUUGGCAACAUUUUCCCGACGAAAGCUUUCUGAUUGUGCCGUUGCGUACUCCUCCUGAUUUACUGCGCUUCUUCCUCUUUAGAGACGUUGUGCUCCUUUGGGCCGAAAUACUUGAUGUCCCAGAAGAAGAUGCCAAAGUUGUGGCUCAGGCAAUGGAAUACUCACGCCUUCCGUAA